UGAAAAUAUCUAAAGAGAGGUGAGAAAUGUCGAAGAGGAAGGAGAAAGUGAAACCGAACCUGGAUGAGCAGAUCACCAAACAUCUGAAUCUGACCGUGCUGCAGAGGAUCGAUCAUUGCGUUCAGGAGAUCAUUGCCGGCGCUACUCAUGUCGCCAUCUACGAAUUUGACAUCGACACUUCGGAGUGGAGUCGGAAGAAUGUUCAAGGCACACUUUUCGUUGUGAAAAGGAAUACCGAACCGCACUUCCAAUUUCUAGUAAUGAAUCGUCAAAGCACAGAAAACCUAGUGGAGAGUCUCUGGGGAGAUUUUGAGUAUGAAGUGCAUGGUCCAUACGUGUUAUACAGAAACCACUGUAAAGAGGUAAAUGGAAUAUGGUUCUAUGAUACGAAGGAGUGUGAGGAGAUUUCAAAUCUGUUUGGCAGAAUACUUAAUGAAUAUUACGAGGAGCCGACAAAGUUGAAAGUGUCAUCAAGAGAAAUAAAAGUUGAAAAGGAUGACACCCUAGAGCCAUCAUCUACUGCUAUCGCUAAAGUUGAAAAGGAUGAUCAAUCUUGUGUAAAAAUCCCCAGUCUGUCCCAGUCCUCAACAGCUCUUGUUUCUGAUCCUCCCACUUCACUACCAGCUCCAGCUCAUGUGACAUCUCCUACCGUAAAAUUUCCCGUUGUUGAAAACUCUGAACCUGAGGUUUCUAAGGCAUGCAGGACUGAUCUGGUGAAGCCAUCUUCAUUUUUAAGCCCACGUCCUUCUUCUUCACAUGUUAUGCCACCCAUAACUUCAUUUGCUCCCCCUCCACCAACAUCUCCUCUCAUUUCUCCUGGAAAUCUGAAACGGCCUUAUGGAACACUUUUACUUCCACUGUUCCCACCACCAACAUCCCCACAAUCACUCACGCCAACUUAUGCUCCUACAUACAUGCAAUUCAGCAGAGAAAAGGUCAGGAAAGCACUUCAAUCGCUUAUUCAGGACAAUCAAUUCAUCGAGAUUGUUUACAGAGCUGUGAUGAAUGCAACUGAAGAUUGAUGGAUUGUGUAUCUUCUUAAAAGGGUGGGGAGUUUACUAGUCUGCAGUCGAUAUACUGCGUAAAAUGUUGGGUUUUUGGAUGCAUGAAGGGAGGGGAGAGUAUUAGCAUAUGAGUACUUGUUUUGUCUCAGUUUUGAAUGAAAUCUUGAGUUUGUGUAAAUUCCAAACCACCUUAUCACACUUUCUAUAUACUCCAUCUUUGAUCUUUCAAA